AAUCAGAUUUUUUGUGAUGAAAAAAUUUUUACUGUUGACGCGAAGGUCAACCGAAAAAAUGAUCGCUGGCUCGCCACGACCUCGAACAAAAUUUCCGGCUAGUGUUCACGUCCUAGGUGUUCUGUCCAGUGAAGGUGAUGUCAUGCCGCCACAUUUCUUCGAAAACGGACAAACUGUCAAUAAAGAAGUUUAUGUGCAAGUUUUGACAAAUGACGGUGCACCGGCCCAAACGAGCCAUUUAGUGCAAACUGGCCAUCGGAUAACGUGGAGAUGUUCUGGAGCAAAGAGUUCUGGCCCCCGAAUAGGCCGGAUUUGAACCCUCUGGACUAUUAUGUUUGGAGCGUAGUCGAAAUGGUUACUAACAAGUCCAGGCACCCUAAUGUCGUAUCUCUACGCUCCGCUUUCGAAGCAGCAUUUACCAAUAUGGACCGUGUUUUAAAGAGAGCAUGCGACCGUUUUAGGACAAGGAUCGA